UGCUUUGUAGGUAAUGGACGAAUGAAAUGCCCUUGCUCAUUCUUCCAGAUGGAGGAGCAAUGCAUUUUUAGAGAAAUUCUCAAAUUACAAUAUUGUGGGUUUUCCCGGUGGACAUGAAGAGUUGUGCCAUGUUUUACUUACGAUGUUCUUUUCAAUUAUUUUCUUAUCAUCCCUACUUGGGUUUUCCUUCACAUAGUUUGCAGUUAUUUCUUCGAAGAUUUUUGAGUAUAGAACCCUCUUUCUCAAGCUCAACCAGUACUAGGCCAUUUCCUGAUUAUUCCCCAAAGAAACCCAAUGUUAAGGACUCUGAACUGGUCCAUCAAAUCUCAAAUGCUGUAAAGUUAAGGCGCACUGAGCCCCUCUGCCGCAUUCUUAAGCCCUAUGAAACCAAAUUAAGGUCUGACCACUUGAUUUGGGUUCUUAUGAACAUCAAGGACAAUUACGAAUUGAUCUUAGAUUUCUUUAACUGGGCCUGCCUACGCAGAGACCCCAACCUUGAAGUCCGUUGCGUUGUUGUUCAAAUUGCUGCAGCUUCAAAGGAUCUUAAAAUGGCGCGUGAAAUUAUUUGUGAUUUUUGGGCAAAGCCAAAUUUGGAUAUCAGUAAUUCAUUUACGCAUUUUGUUGAGCGAUUAAUAUACACUUAUAAGGACUGGGGUUCAGAUCCCCAUGUAUUUGAUGUUUUCUUCCAAGUCCUUGUUGAAGCUGGUUUGCUGAAUGAAGCAAGAAAGUUCUUCGACAAAUUGUUGAAUUAUGGAGUGGCUCUUUCUGCUGGUUCUUGUAACUUAUAUCUCACAUGCCUAUCAAGCAAACGUGAUAUGCUUGGCAUGGUGUUGAAGGUUUUUAGUGAAUUUCCACAACUGGGUGUUUGUUGGAACACUGAAUCAUAUAACAUACUUAUGAAUUCUCUUUUUCGAUUAGGUAAAAUAAGGGAAGCUCAUCAUUUACUAAUGAGAAUGGAGUUCAAAGGCUGUAUUCCUGAUGUGGUAAGUUAUACCACCAUAAUCGAUGGGUAUUGUCAUGUUGGUGAACUGCAAAAGGUGGUGCAGCUUGUUAAAGAAAUGCAAUUGAAGGGAUUGAAGCCAAACUUAUAUACCUACAGCAGCAUUAUUCUUCUUCUGUGUAAAUCUGGUAAAGUUGUUGAAGGUGAGAAGGUCUUAAGGGAGAUGAUGAAAAGAGGAGUUUUUCCAGACCAUGUGAUAUAUACAACUCUAAUUGAUGGUUUCUGCAAGUUGGGGAAUACUCAAGCUGCAUAUAAAUUGUUUAGUGAAAUGGAGGCUCGAGAAAUUGUUCCUGAUUCUAUAGCAUUUAGUGCUCUUAUUUGUGGGCUUUCUGGAAGUGGAAAAGUGGUGGAGGCAGACAAACUCUUCAAUGAAAUGAUUAAGAAAGGUUUUGAACCAGAUGAGGUUACAUAUACAGCACUUAUUGAUGGUUAUUGCAAGUUGGGCGAGAUGAAGAAAGCGUUUUUCCUUCAUAAUCAGAUGGUUCAAAUCGGGCUCACUCCAAAUGUCGUUACAUACACUGCAUUGGCUGAUGGCCUCUGUAAAUCUGGGGAGCUAGAUACAGCAAAUGAGCUUCUCCAUGAGAUGUGCAGAAAGGGCCUUCAGUUAAAUAUCUCUACUUACAACACAAUUGUUAAUGGCCUUUGUAAAGCUGGAAAUAUAUUACAAGCCGUAAAACUGAUGGAAGAAAUGAAGGAGGCAGGGUUGCAUCCUGAUACCAUCACUUACACCACAUUAAUGGAUGCUUAUUAUAAGACAGGAGAGAUGGUAAAGGCCCGUGAGCUUCUGCGAGAGAUGCUGGAUAGGGGGCUUCAACCUACAGUUGUUACAUUCAAUGUGCUCAUGAAUGGUUUAUGUAUGUCAGGUAAGCUGGAAGAUGGUGAGAGGCUACUAAAAUGGAUGCUGGAGAAGGGCAUAAUGCCAAAUGCGGCCACCUACAAUUCUAUUAUGAAGCAGUACUGCAUAAGAAACAAUAUGCGAAUCUCAACUGAGAUUUACAGGGGAAUGUGUGCUCAAGGAGUGGUGCCUGAUAGUAAUACCUACAAUAUCUUAAUAAAAGGGCACUGUAAAGCAAGGAAUAUGAAAGAGGCAUGGUUUUUGCAUAAAGAAAUGGUUGAGAAGAGAUUCAACCUGACAGCUAGUUCCUAUAAUGCUCUCAUCAAGGGCUUUUUCAAGAGGAAGAAACUCUUGGAGGCACGCCAGCUUUUUGAAGAGAUGAGAAGAGAAGGGUUGGUUGCAAGUGCAGAAAUAUACAAUCUUUUCGUUGAUAUGAACUACGAAGAAGGGAACAUGGAAACCACUCUUGAGCUUUGUGAUGAAGCAAUAGAAAAGUGUCUCUUGGACAAAGCUAGGAAUGGAAACUUCUCUCUGCAGUCCCAUUCUAAGCAAAAACUAGUAACAAUGGCUAAGAGUGAGGUGAAGCUUCUUGGAGCAUGGCCAAGUCCAUUUGUUAUGAGGCCAAGAAUUGCCCUUAACAUAAAGUCUGUCGAUUAUGAGUUUCUUGAGGAAACUUUUGGAUCAAAAAGCCAACUCCUUCUCGAAUCUAAUCCUGUUCACAAGAAAAUCCCAGUACUUAUUCAUGACGGUAAACCUAUUUGUGAGUCUCUUAUCAUUGUUGAGUAUAUUGAUGAAGCUUGGUCUAAUCCUGCUCCUUCUAUUCUUCCCUCUGAUCCUUACGACCGCGCCAUUGCAAGAUUUUGGGGCGCCUAUGUUGAUGAGAAGUGGUUUCCAAAUUUGAAACUCAUUUCAACAGCGGAAGGAGAGGAAAAAGAGAAGGCAAUAGGGCAAAUAGUAGAAGGGCUAAAGCUGCUAGAGGAUGCAUAUGUGAAAAGUAGCAAAGGGAAGGCUUUCUUUGGAGGAGAUGAAAUUGGGUACCUUGACAUUGCAUUUGGUUGCUACUUGGGUUGGUUGAGAGCGACAGAGAAAUUGAGUGAAGUGAAACUGCUAGAUGAAGCAAAGACUCCUGGUCUUGUGAAAUGGGCAGAGACCUUCUCUUCUCAUCCUGCUGUGAAGGAUGUCCUGCCGGAGACUGACAAACUUGUUGAGUUUGGAAAGUCUCUUUUCGCUAGACUUAGAGCCGCAAAAUCCGGAUCCUCAUAAAUAGUUCAUUAGUAUCCAUAUCAUGCAUUGUGAUGUUUUGGCUUGCUUGCUAGCUACAAAAAUUGACUCAAGUUGAAUCAUAUGAUACCUUGAGACCUUGCAUAUUACAGUAAUAAAUUUGAGUCGCUAAGAACUUCAUUUUCUUGAA